CGAAGCGCCUCCCACGCCGAUCUCUUCUCGGUGAUCUCAAGCGAGGCGACGAGGUCGGGCAUGGAGGAUAUGGAGUCGUCUACGAUGCGCGGUUGGGCGAUACGCGCGUGGCGCUCAAGGUACCGCAUAACAUUCCACGGAACAAGAGGGAAUCGGCGUUGAAGAUCAUGUGCCGUGAAGCUGCGAUAUGGCGAUAUCUUCGUCACCCCAAUGUUUUGCCGUUCCUUGGAGCGGUGUACAACGGGACCGAGAUUCAUGUCGUUACGCCCUUCAUGGAAAAUGGGAGUGUCAUGGAUUAUUUGGAAAGAAAUCCUGAUGUUGACCGUGUGCGUUUGAUAUUGGAUGUUGCGAAAGGAUUACAUUACCUGCAUACCUUCAUUCCCACUAUAAUCCACGGUGACAUCAAGGGCGCGAACGUACUCAUCACCGACGACGGAGCCGCAUGCAUCGCCGACUUCGGCACCAUCGGCAUCAAAGACGACGCGCGCACCAACUUCAACGCAUCAUCCACCGCCGUCGGACGCACGUUCGCGUUCGCCGCGCCCGAGCUUCUAGAAGGCGCCCCGGGCCACAGCCGGCACACACCGCAGAGCGACAUGUACGCCUUCGGCGGGCUGUGCUACGAGCUGUUCUCGGGCGACCCGCCGUUCGCAGGGUGGUCGCCGUUUUCCCUCGUGAACGCCAUCAGCAACGGGACCUUGCCGGGCCGCCCCGUGGCGGGACCAGGUGCGGCGCAGCUGGAUGAUGCGCUGUGGGACAUGAUCACGCGGUGCUGGAGGAGUGAGCCGAGCGAGAGGCCGACGGCGAAGGUUGUCAUCCAGUUUUUGGAGGAACGCUACACUGUCGCUGUGAGGCGUUCUGUUCCAUUUGUCGGUUCCAAGGUGUGGUUGGUUUGUUAG